GAGGAGGAGAAGGAGGAGGAGAGGCAUCGGCAGCAGAGGAGGCAGAGGCAAGGUGCCUCCCUUUCUUCCCUCCCUUUAACUCUCGCUCCCCUCCCCUCUCCUCGCUGUGCGCCACAGCCAUAGCUGGGCUCUCCGCGCGGACGGCACCCGCAUUGCCGCGCUGACCCAACCCAGAACGCACAGGAGCUGGAGCCGCGCGCCAGCAGAGAUGCGGCUGUUUCAUUGGUCCGCGGCGUCGCUUCUGUGUCUGGAUCCGCUGCUCUGCUCAGAAAUGCUCAGAGUUUGCGCGCGGCAGUGACGGAGGAGGAGAAACGCUCCUGUGGCGCCGUGGCGCAUGUCCGUGCGCUCGGAUGAUACAAGUUUGAGGACUUCGGUGUGUUAUUCCCACCAUGGAUGUUGACUGAAAGACAGAGCAUUCCCAGCUGCUGAUAAGUAAGCAUGAGGACGCACUCGUGAGGACUGGAACUGCGCUCAGAAAAAUCCCUGGAUCAUGCAGAUUCUCCCACCCGGGACGCUUUUCCUCCUACUUGCCCACGCGCACGUGUUGUUAUCCUUGAGGAAUAAUGGGGAGGCUCACAGCAGAGCGGACGGCAACAGCAGCAGGACUUUCCACGGCUGGCCCCGGGAGAGUCAUCCAAACAAAGCCCGGGAGCGCGCGUCCCCGCUGGCGCACGCCACAGGUGCGUCCUCGGCGGCGGGGAUCCGAGCGAGCCUGAACGCCACUCAUCCCUGGAUGAGGGAGGAAGCGAGGCGCGUCGGGCACAGCAGGCGGGACGUGGACAGGACCGUGACGCCCGCGGAGGAUCCCGGCGGCGCCGCGCACUGGGACGCGACGCGCCGCCACAAUAAUAGGAGGAUAAAGUUGAAUGGCGCGCUUGGUAUCACGGAGACGCCAGCAGGUGGGCACUACAAUGCAGCGAAGGCAUCUUCAGCGGGAGGGGGGCCAGAGGAGGACACAAAAGAGGAGUUGAAGAAAGCCCCGAGGAGGGGGAGAAGCAGGCAGAACAAAAGCUCCGGAGUUGUGGCUCAACCUCACGCGUCGCCGUGGGAACCCAUUCCCAAACCAGUCGCCCUCACCUCCACCGACCUGCCCUUUGACCUCUUCACCAGGAGGGCAGAGUUUUUCACUUUCAGGGAGGAGAACCCCUGGGACGCCACUCCGAUCACCCCUCCCGGCUCUCAAGAUUUUGGGGAGGAAAUCAAAAACCCCUUCUACCCAGUGACGAGUGAGACUUUUGGCGCCUAUGCCAUCACCUGCGUGUCCGGAGUCAUUUUCCUGGUGGGGAUAGCAGGGAACAUUGCCAUCCUGUGCAUCGUGUGCCAGAACUAUUACAUGAAGAGCAUCUCCAACUCCUUGUUGGCCAAUUUGGCUGUCUGGGAUUUUGUGCUCAUUUUCUUCUGCCUGCCCAUGGUGGUUUUCCAUGAACUGACAAAGUCCUGGCUGCUGGGGGAGUUUACCUGCAAGGUGGUUCCAUAUGUGGAGGUGGCCUCCCUCGGCGUUACCACCUUCACCCUCUGCGCGCUCUGCAUCGACCGCUUUCGCGCGGCCACCAAUGUCCAGAUGUACUACGAGAUGAUCGAGAACUGCACUUCGACCACUGCCAAGCUGGCAGUCAUCUGGAUCGGCGCCCUCCUCCUGGCCCUCCCCGAGCUUCUCAUCCGGCAGCUUGUAACAGAGGACGCCGGACUCCCGGAUGAGCCUCCGGUUGAGCGCUGCAUCAUCAGGAUAUCCACCUCGCUUCCUGACAUGCUCUACGUGCUGGGUCUCACCUACGAGGGCGCUCGGCUGUGGUGGUGCUUCGGCUGCUACUUCUGCCUGCCGACCCUCUUCACCAUCGGGUGCUCUUUGGUGACGGCCCGCAAAAUCCGCCACGCGGAGCAGGCCAGCGUGCGCAGCAACAAGAAGCAAAUCCGGCUGGAGAGCCAAAUGAACUGCACGGUUGUGGCGCUGGCUAUCGUCUACGGAGCGUGUGUGGUGCCUGAGAACAUCUGUAACAUAGUUUCUGCAUACAUGGCUGCGGGCGUUCCGGAGCACACCAUGUCCAUCCUGCAUCUUCUUUCCCAGCUGCUGUUGUUCUGUCGGGCCGCUGUGACUCCAGCACUGCUGCUUCUUCUGUGCCGCCCACUGGGCAGGGCUUUUCUGGACUGCUGCUGCUGCUGCUGCUGUUGCAACCGCGCUCCAUCCUCGGCUACGGGCAGUGACGAUAACGAACAUGAAUGUACGACAGAGCUGGAACUGUCGCCAUUCAGCACUAUCAGAAGGGAGCUCAGUAACUACACGCCUGCCGGAUCCAACUGCUAAGCGGGCAUUUCUCAUCAGUGACUGACCUACAUUUCCCAUAUUCAACUAGAGCUUUAGCUUACCUAUAUUCUCAAAUGUGCACAAUUGAAGUUGGACCAAAACAUGUCAUUGAGCCAAAAGUCUUACUAAGUUAGUGCUACAAAGUCAAAGCCCUUAUUUUCUAGUACAAAAAUAUCAAAGAAGUAGUUUCCUUAAAUGGUUUGGGGGUGCUGAUCAAACUUGAACAGUUUAUAUAAAAAAGUUACCAAUCUUGCCUAAAAAUGUUCAAACUUUUCUCCAGUUGUUGUUAAUCUUGGUCCUCAGAUUCAGAAAAUAGCAUAUCGUUUGAAGACCAAACAAAACAACAAACACUAUUUUAAGUUAGUCAAGAGUUUACAUUGAAGAAAAGUUUGGCAGUUCUAUCUUGGGAGAUAAUCAGUGCCAAUCACAAUAUGGAGACCCGACUGAUCAAUUAUUUUAUCCUUUUGACUGAGAACUCUUCAAUGUCUGAACAUCUAAACUCACACUGCCUUUGAAAGGACUCAACCUUGUUUACUGGCUGCAAGUGCACAUUUAAAUGUGUAUAUGGUUGUACAUAUAGUAACAAGACUUACAAUGAAUAAGGAGAUUCUACUACAGGAUUCUACUUUAAAAUAAAAUACUUCAUAUCAAGAACUAUCGGACACAACUGGGCUGGUCUCAGAGUACCACAACAUGGAGUAGAAUUUUAAAUGGAUCAUAAUGAUUGAAAUCAACCAAACACAACAAAUUGAACUGAAUGGAGAGAUUUUUUUUUUUUUGAUGGAAUGCAAAAAGUUGGAAAUAACGGAAAGGAAACCACUUUGGACGACUGAAUCAAGACAAUAUAUAUCUCACUACAAUGUUGUAUCAUGUUGCGCCGUACACUUUUGGGCUGUAUAUAUAUCCUGUACACUUUCUUUGGUGCUCUUUGAGUGAAAGCACUGUAAGAAAACCCAUUGGUUCAACUUGGAAUCAAAAGUAACCCAACUGUCCUUUUGAGUUAAAUACAUUGAAAUGAUCUGUAUACCAUGUUUGUUGAUCCCAAUACAGUUUAAUGGGGGCCAUUCAAGAGUACAAUUGACUGUACUCUAGUUACUCUUUUGUUUUAAGUUCCUUUGUUUACAUUUUUUGACCAGUUACUUUUAGCAACUCAUUGUGUCUCUUUGCUAAGUCAUGUUGAGCAGCAUAUUAGACCAGCAGAACAGAUAAAAAUGGCAGUGUUUUCAACCAAAAUGUGCCUCUGACAUUAGCUUAGUUAGCUAGCUACCAUAGCUAACAAAGUUAGCUCAUUAGCUAACAGAGUUUUCUGGUAGUAAUUUUAACAUAUUUUUUCUACCUCUGACUCAAGUCAAGGACUCACUUUGCCAAUAGAUACAUCAACAGUUUGGGUUUGGUAAUACCAGACAAGCAUAGAAGUCUUCUUCAUAAACUAGCAAAACAACAAGAUCAAUUAAUCCUUUAGAUAGCAAAGCUGUCAGACAGGAAAUAACACACGCUCUUUGAACUAUCGCAAUUCUGUGGCUUUACGCCAAUUUGCAGCAUUUUAAGAUAGUAAAGUGUAAACCCUUUAUGGAAAGCUGCUAAUCUCCACCUCAGAAUCAAUUACAUUACUUUACUACAGUAAAGUGUUGCACAUUAGCGCAAAGCUACUUUUCUCAGCCUCAAAAUUCACAGAAGUGUAUUCAUUGCGUAAACAUAUUACUACCAUAAAGUGUUUCAUAUAACCGCAAAGCUACCUUUCCUAGUUUCUGAAUUUAAUAGAAUUUUAUCAUAUGCGUAAACACUUUACUUUUGUAAAAUAUUGCAUAUCUACGUAGCCCCUAAA